AUGGUGGAAGUUGAAGCGAAUAAACCCAUUGACACUGUCCAGGUAGCCUUAAGGAUAAGGCCACUGAUGGAACAAGAGAUUGAAAGGGGCUGUAUUGAAUGUAUUGAUGUGAUAAGUGGGACACAACAAGUGCAAAUAAAAGACUUAGCUUUUACAUAUAAUUAUGUUUUCCCACAGCAUAUCAACCAACAGGAGUUCUAUGAUACUUCUGUUAAAGGCCUUAUAGGAAAGCUAUUUCAGGGUUACAAUGUCACCAUAUUGGCAUAUGGACAAACUGGUUCUGGAAAGACUUACACCAUGGGAACAAACUACUCUGGUUCAAAUGGAGAUUCCUCCAGAUUAGGUGUGAUACCUCAAGCUGUGGCAGAUAUAUUUGACUUUAUAGACGCACAUGAAGAUCAAUUUAUCUUCAAAGUGUCAGUGUCUUUUAUGGAGUUGUACCAAGAGCAAUGUUUUGACCUGCUGUCUGGAAAGGAGAGAAGUCAUAGUAUUAUUGAGAUUAGGGAAGACAUUAACAAAGGUGUUAUCUUGCCUGGUAUAACAGAAGUGCCAGUGUCAUCAACAUCAGAAACUAUGAUGGCUCUAGAGAAGGGAUCUGGGGGUCGUGUGACGGGUUCCACAGCUAUGAAUCAAGCCUCCAGUCGCAGUCAUGCAGUCUUUACCAUAGUCAUCCUCAAGGAGAGUCGAAAUAAUAAGAAUGUCGCUACAUCGUCGAAAUUCCACCUCGUCGACUUGGCUGGUUCCGAGCGCAUUAAAAAGACGAAGGCUAGCGGUGAGCGGCUCAAAGAGGGAGUAAAGAUUAACCAGGGCCUGUUGGCUCUAGGGAAUGUUAUUUCUGCGCUGGGGGAUGGCACAAAUAGAAGCUUUAUUAGCUACAGAGACAGCAAGCUGACAAGGUUGUUACAGGACAGUCUCGGUGGCAAUUCUCUAACACUGAUGGUGGCCUGCGUUAGUCCAGCGGACUACAACUUAGACGAAACCGUGUCGACUUUGCGGUACGCAGACAGAGCGAGACGAAUCCGCAACAAACCUGUGAUUAACCAGGACGCUAAAGCCGCGGAGAUUGUUCGAUUGAACAACUUAGUCAACGACUUGAGGCUGCAACUUCUCGGCCAACUACCCACAAUCAGCGAACAAAAUAACGAACAGCUACAAGACGAAUUGGACAAAGAAAAAGCAAGAUAUCAAGAGUUAUUGAAGAAGCAUAAACAAGUAACGGAGCACCUGAGCAACAUGCUAAUAGAAAACACGAAUCUAUGCGAGAAGGCACUUUUAGCUGAAGCGGCGAAGGAUAAAAUAGAGAAAAAAUUAAACGAACUAACUGAGCAGUGCAACCAGACCAUAGAUAAUCUAACCACAGAUAAGGAAGACGACGAACUACAGAAGACGAACGUUAUGGACUGUCUGAAGGAAAUUAAGACAAGAUUAGAAGAUAUGCAAGUGGUGAAUAGGCAGACGAAUGAGGAGUUGAUAGAUCAUGAGAUUAAGUUGUCGUAUUUGAAAGAUAGCAGUGACAACAAUGACGAUGAGGUUGUGCUGAGUGAGGAUCAAGCCGUGUUGGAAGAGGAGAAGCGGGCUAUGGGACAUGUGGCACUAAACCAAGAGUUACAAGAGCUAAACCGCGCAAUGGCUAUAAAGGCUAGCGUCGUACAAGCAAUCCUCGCGAACAACAACGAGAUGCUUAAGAACCACGAGAACCUUCGCGAGAACGAGGAGAGGAUCACUCACCUGGAGAAGGAGAGGGAUGAACUGAUGCAGCAGCUGAAGAACUCUAGAAGUAAAGAUCCAUCUCACGACGAGAGACGCACAAAGGUUUCGAGCCUCGAAGCAGAGAUCACAGACUUGAAGAAGAAAUGCCAGCAGCAAGCCAAUAUAAUUAAGAUUAAAGAGAAGAACGAAGCAAAGAUAGCUGCCCUUAACGCUGAGUUACAAGCUAUGAAGGCUACAAAGGUAAAAAUAAUCCGGCAAAUGCGCGAAGAAAGCGAAAAGUUCCGCAAAUGGAAGGCCGAUAACGAGCGAGCGAUGAUCCGGUUGAAGAACGAGGACCGCAAGAGGGCCAACGCGAUGGCCAAGAUGGAGUCGCUGCACGCCAAGCAGCAGAACGUGCUCAAGCGCAAGAUGGAGGAAGCCGUCGCUGUUAACAAGAGGCUUAAGGAGGCUCUAGAACGUCAGAAGCAAACAGCCAUCAAACGAAAUGCUAAAGGCAACGUGAAAUCUGGAGCCGUCCAGCAGUACAUUGAACAAGAGUUGGAGAUGCACCUCAGUAUCGUGGAAGCUGAGAAAUCGCUUGAGGAACUCAUGGAGUACAGGGCCUGGAUAACCGAGCAAAUUGAAUAUCUCCGAAACAGUUCGGACAAUGAGAGCAAUCGCAAGAAACUUGAAGAGUUGGAAGACGAUCUCGCGUUGCGUAAAGCACAAAUAUCCGAUCUCCAGCAGAAGAUAUUGACAGCUGACCAAGAAAACAAAGCCCGCACCCAAUGGGACAAAAUCCAGUCCAUGCUCGAAGCGAAGGUAGCCCUUAAGUGCUUAUUUGAGUUGCUCGUGGAAGCUAAGAGGGAGCUUCAGAACCAAAGUGAAAAAGGAUUCCAGUCUAGAUACGAAGAAAUCAAAGACGAGUACGACAGACUCAAGGUGCAGUUUGAAGCCGCCGAAACGGAGUACCAGAGGCAGUUGGCGACUGUCAAGAUGCAGAACGAAGAAAAUCUAUGUGCGCUACUAGAACUUCAGCGCGGCUUAGUGGGUGGAGGCGAGCGCAGCGAAACCUGUCGCAACAUGGAGACGGUACUACAGUUUCAGCAGGACAAGCUAGAACAGAUGGAGCAGGAAAAUAAGAAAUUAUUAGACGAGUUAGAGCAGAUGCGAGCUGCGAUUUCAAAGCCCAAGAAACGUAACAAGAUCGUAGAGGCGGUCAAGAAAAUCGAGUAUGUGGAGCCAACUGAUGAGGAGGACAAUGAUGAUGAAGACAAAGAUCCUGACUGGCGGGCCACGCCCCUCUCCAAGAGGAUACAGGCACAGCGCUCUCGUUUCACGAUGAAUUUCACUCAGUCGAUAGAGAGUGACGGUUCAGAGCCCCGCAAACGGCGCAGUGAUGGCUCGACGUCUUGUAACUGCCGCGGAAGCUGCAGCAACAAGCUGUGCCGCUGCGUCAGGACGGACAACGGCUGCAGCCAAGAAUGUCGCUGCUCAGAGCAGCUUUGCAAAAAUCGGCGUAAUUACUCCGACAGUGAUGAUAAGGAGAACACGCCACAAUCCGACUCUCCGUUGGAUUCGACGCCGUCCCUAUAUUUCGAUAAACGAGAUCAACAUGACACGACGUAUGUCAAGAAGAAGAAAAGUUUCUUCUUCCACGACGACCAAUAG